AUGGCAACUUCAUCGGGAGACUUGCAACUCGCUGCCGCUGCAGCGGGAUUUACUCUAGGAUUUGGCACGCUCACAGUAUGGAGAGCUGUCAAGCAGACAAAGCAAAACAAGUCGCCUCAUCGUAGUGUCUUCAUAUAUAUGAUAUGGGGAGAGAUACUUGCCAAUCUUCUGAUUGGCAUUCUGGGCUGGUUGUUCUUGAACGAUGUCCUCAAGGCCGAACCGGUCGUCCUAUUUUUUAUCCUCUUUUGUUAUGUUUUCGAAGUUCAGCUACUCCUACAAAUCAUCAUCAAUCGCAUUGCCAUCAUCGUGGAGCGAAGAACAAUGGCAUCCAAGCUGAAAUGGACUACUGCCGUCGUCAUUUCUGUGAUCAACAUCAUGGUCAUGUGUAUCUGGAUUCCUGCACAUAUGACCGAACCUCCGAGUCAAACAUACGUCCAGAUCAACAAGUACUGGGACCGUGUUUCCAAGAUAUUGAUCUGCCUCGUCGACGCAGGCCUGAAUUGGUAUUUUAUACAUACCGUAAAUGCCCGGCUGAUCAAACAACACGGUCUUCGCAAAUACAAACCAUUAAUCGGCUACUACACCCGCCUCGGCAUACUAUCCAUUUGUAUGGACGUUAUGCUUCUGGGCUUGAUGGCUCUGCCCAACCAAGUUGUUUAUAUCCAGUUCCACCCUGUGGCUUAUAUGGUCAAGCUCCACGUCGAAAUGUCGAUGGCAGACCUCAUCGUCAAGGUCGCAACGACGUCCGAAAUUGAUGUUCGUCAACACUCAUCAUCAGGAACGCCGUUCCCCGAAAGCCGGUCCCAUGUUCAGCGCACGUUCAACGAUCGCGAUACAGUCAAUGGAGCGAAAAACACAGCACACAUUGGACACACGCAAGGCGGUAACGCAGACCGCGAAGAUAUGAAAGGCAUUCAACGUCAGACCGAGGUCCAGAUCUUUGUUGGAGACUCCGACAGUGAAAACCACCACGACGAUCUGGACAAAAUCUCCUCGAGGACAUCUGCAGAGAACAGCUAUAACAGUCACGGUGUACCGCAAUACAACUCCAACAACCCUUUCAGCAAAACACAUGGCCAGCACCGCCUCUCUGACGAGUCUCAAAUACCUCUCAAGGAUCUCACCAGAACCGGCGAUACUGUAUAG